GGGCUGUGCUUCGGUGCCACUUAUCAUUAGAUAUGGCCACCGUUAUAGAGUACACCGAAGCGUCAUCUUCAACUUAAUUUAGUGAUAUUCCAUACUAAUUUCGCAGUUCGGCCACUGUGGCAGGCGACAUGUUAUUUUUGGCAAGCUAAUGUUUGUUUUUACAUGUCUUUGGAGGCGGCUGUUACUGCGUGGCAGGCUGGCUGCGAGUCUCCUAACUGGCCGCUUGGUCCCGCAGCUUGUCGAUGCUGAAGAAAAUAGAACCAGUUGCCAACCAAGCGGUCGGCACCCAACGUUCGGUCUGCGCGUCUCUGUACAUUCGCUGAGGAUUCACAUUUAAAGUUUCAUUACCGGGGUGUUGACUCUUGCAGCCGCUUGGAUUCUGGCUUUGAUUUGUUCAGACGUUAAUGGUAAGAUUGUUGGCCGUAGACUUGGGUGGCUAACACCAACUAGCUAUAUAACCAGAACUCGUGCGACGACAGCUGUCAUUGGAGAAAGGAAAGUGAUCCCCACAAAUGCGUGUGCAAGUGAAGCGGUUUUCUGUUGGAUUUACAUCAUCUGCAUGUCCAUCAAAUGGGCAAAGUUGGGAAUAACAUUGCAACGUUGGAAUAUAAUGAUAUGCGUUAUGCAUUUUUGAGAACUGCGGUGUUGCUUCAUUGGAGAGGCUAGCUAGCUCCAUUAGCUUGCUAGCUAGCUGGGUGAUAAAAGUGCGACGUUUCAUCCCCCAGUAUUUUGGAUAUGAAGAGGAUAAUUCGCUACUCAUAGGGCUGGAAGAAUGUCAUCAGAGGAUAAGACUGUGGAACCCUCUGACCAGGGACCUUCACCGCCCUCCAGCAGUGUAGGGGCCACAUCCACAGGAAGUCCUGCCCACGCAGACAAGCGACCACGUGGCAGGCCGCGCAAGGAUGCUGCUGCCAUCCUACCCCAGGCGCCACCCUCGUCCACGUCUAAGAACAGAAAGAAGGGUCGCACCAGAGGGAGGGUUGUUGUGGAUGAGGAGGACAGCAUGGAUGGGACUGAGAUAACAGAGUCCAUUGGCCCUCAGGACACAGAAACACCAAUCCAGCCAGUGGAAACUGUGGAAGUGGUGGCCACUGAGGUGCCAGAGGAGGACAAGCCCUCUUCCCCUCUGGCCCAGAGCCCUCCAGCCGAGAAUCCAGCAGGACCAUCUGUCCCAGCAAGUAGAGAAGUCAAAAGCAGCGAGCGUCUCUGUGCCUUCUGUUACUGCGGUGGCCGUAGCCUGCUGGGUCAGGGGGAACUGCAAGCAUUCAGCACCACGCCUCUGCUCGAAGCACUCUUCAGCCGCAUGGGUGGAGGAGGCUCGCCGAGCGAAAGCAGUGAUGGUGAUAAAACCACUCAGCCAAAAAUGGCCGGAGAGACCACCUCAGGACAGAGGGAAAAGACGAAUGGGUCUGAAAGCUGCGAGGAAGAACCAGACCCAGCCAGUCGAUUUUGGGAUGAGCUUUCUCAUGUCGGCCUUCCACAAGUUCUUAACGUCCAGUCUCUCUUCGAGUCAGGGCAAUGCUGGGCACAUCAGAGUUGUGCCUUGUGGUCCGAAGGUGUUUGUGAGGGCGAGGGACAAUCUCUGCUUAAUGUGGACAGAGCCAUUGACUCAGGGAGCACAAAGCACUGUGCAUACUGUAAGCGCCUUGGAGCAUCCGUUAAGUGCUGUGCUGAAGGAUGUGCUCAACUCUACCAUUUCCCCUGUGCGGGGGCAGCUGGGACCUUUCAGGAUAUCAGGAGUCUCUCGCUCCUCUGCCCAGAACACAUUGAACUGGCCAUUCACAAAUUUGUAGAUGAUGUAAAUUGCGCACUAUGUGAUAGUCCAGGGGACCUACUGGACCAGCUCUUCUGCACCAGUUGUGGUCAGCAUUACCAUGGGAUGUGCCUGGACAUGGCCGUGACCCCUCUGAGGAGGGCAGGUUGGCAGUGCCCUGAGUGCAAAAUCUGCCAGACAUGCAAGAAUCCAGGAGAGGACACUAAAAUGCUGGUGUGUGACAUGUGUGACAAAGGAUACCAUACCUUCUGUCUGCAACCUGCUAUAGACACUCUUCCAACCAAUGGAUGGAGAUGUAAGAACUGCAGAGUAUGCAUCCAAUGUGGAACACGAACCAGCGGGCAAUGGCACCACACCAGCCUGCUGUGUGAGAACUGCAUCCAAAACCAGGACCCUGCUCUGUGCUGUUCUAUGUGUGCCUGCAUCCUGGACCCUGAGCAUCACAAAGACUUACUCUUCUGCCAGACUUGUAAGAGAUGGCUACACCUGGAGUGCGAGCGUCAGAACUCAGGCCAAGCAGAAAUCCACCCCAGAGAGGACUAUGUUUGUUCCAACUGCAAGACUCCUGCUGCAGAGCAGGCGCUACAGGCAGAGGAUAUGGACACCGGCCCAGAGCUCAGCCCUCAGCCAGCCUCCAUGCACACAGACUCUGAGACUGGCCUACAGCUGGCUCAAAAGCACACGGACCUAGAACCUGGCACUCAGCGAUCUCCUGAAAUGCACAAUGACCCCAAACCGGAAUUACUUGCUGUUCCAUUGCACUCAGAUCCAGAGCCUGUUCAGGCUACCGUCCAGGAGGAGAAGCUGGCCACGUCAGCCCCGAAGCCUGGUGGGUCUUUGUUCCAAAAAGAAGUCUCAGCGGGAGCAGAUGUUGAGAAGCAGGUUACUGAACCUUCUGUCAACAAAAUCCUAACGGAAUUCAAACUAGAAACAAAACCAGCAGCAAGAGCCCAGCUUACAUCUACAGAGAGUCCUGCGUCUCCAGCGACUCCCAGCCAAGAGUCGGAGUCCUUUCCAGCCCAGCUCUCCAUGGAGGCACUACAGACACAGGAUACAACAUCACAGAUCAAACCAGCAAAGACAGAGGCCUGCCCCGAGCAGGGCAUGGCCAACCCCAGCACAAAGGAUUUUAAGGCCAUCAUCUCAACCACCAAAGAACCAAGUACUGCAUCAGUACCUUUCACGGACCAACCAAUGGAAGUCUCACUACCCCAGCCUUCGAGUAUGGAUGUAGUCAGGGCUUCAUUCCUGGAAACUGCUCCAGAAGAACUUAAUAAGGAGAGGAUUGAGGGUAUUUUUCACAGGAACCUGGCAGAGACUGUUAAGCCCUCACCCUCUAGUACAUCAGAGGAGAUGUACACUACACCGGAGAGCAAGCCCAAUCUGUCAUUUCCCUGCCUGUCUUCAGAGGAGAAACCACUCAAGACAUCCGUGGAAAGGCUGGCGGAAAUGGUUUCCUCUCCUUGCCACUCCUCCCCUCUGGCCCGAGGGACAUCUCCCAGAGAGCCACCCCAGACCCAAAUCCUACCUUCACUGAGUGACCACAGCAGUGUCAUACCCACCACCACCCUCAUACCACUCACUCCGAAGAUUGGAAUGGGAAAGCCAGCCAUCACCAAGAGGAAGUUUUCUCCUGGGAGGCCACGGGUGAAACAGGGUGCAUGGAGCCCCCAUAGCAGUGUGAGCUCCCCCUUGUCCUGGUCGCCAGACCAGCCAGAGGGGUGGGACGUCCCAAAGACCAGGCAGUCCUCUGGCAGCCCCGGCUGGAGCAUCAGAGUGGGUCGGGGCUCAGGCUUCCCUGGGAGGAGGAGGCCCAGAGGGGCUGGUCUGUCAGGUAGAGCUGGACGUGGGAGGGCCAGAGGCAAGAAUGGAGCGAGUCCCAGCAUAAACCCUGGGGUAUGUGCCGUCAACUGGAUCACCACAAUAGAAACACCAUACCCAGUCAAGGAGGAGGAGGAGAAUGCCAUGCAUAACACAGUGGUUAUAUUCUCCAGCAAUGACAGUUUCACGCUGAAACAGGACAUGUGUGUGGUGUGUGGGAGUUUUGGCCUCGGUGCAGAGGGCCGGCUUUUGGCCUGUGCUCAGUGUGGCCAGUGCUACCAUCCAUUCUGUGUCGGCAUAAAGAUCACAAAGGUGGUGCUGAGUAAAGGCUGGCGUUGUUUGGAGUGUACAGUGUGCGAGGCCUGUGGCCAGGCCACAGAUCCUGGCCGCUUGCUGCUGUGUGACGACUGUGACAUCAGCUAUCACACCUACUGUCUGGACCCUCCUCUGCAGAAUGUGCCCAAGGACAGCUGGAAGUGCAAAUGGUGUGUGUCCUGUACCCAGUGUGGCGCCACUACCCCAGGCCUAAGGUGUGAGUGGCAGAAUAAUUACACCCAGUGUGCCCCCUGUGCCAGCCUUGCAACGUGCCCCAUCUGCCUGGUGGACUACAGUGAAGGCACCGUAAUUGUGCAGUGCCGCCAAUGUGACAGAUGGUUCCAUGCGUCUUGCCAGGGUCUCCAUUCAGAUGAAGAUGUAGAAAAAGCAGCCGACAGCAGCUUCGACUGCACAAUGUGCCGAGCUUUCAAGACCACUAAAGUUGUGACCAAGGCCAGAGACUCUAUUGAGCCAGUAGUUAUGACGCAGAUUGUCACAAAGGCUAAAGACAUGGAUCUGUCGAGGACCUACACCCAGGAUGGUGUUUGUUUGACAGAGUCAGGGCUCUGCCAGCUCCAGAGCUUGUCUGCGACAGCGUCACGGCGCAGGAAACCCAAGCCAAAGCUGAAGCUGAAGAUCAUUAAUCAGAACAGUGUGGCAGUGCUUCAGGCUCCUGUAGACCACCUCACAGAGCUCUCUCGUGAUGAAGACAUGGAGGACAACAGAGAGGCGGAGCUCCUAGAUUGUGAGGCGAAGUCUGACUCGAGCCUGGAGCGAGAGCCAGCAGAAGAUGACUCCAAGGGGGCGGACGGCGGCAAGAAGAGGAAGAGGAAACCGUACCGGCCGGGCAUUGGUGGGUUCAUGGUCCGGCAGAGGAGCCGUCCAGGUCAAGGUCCAGGCAAAGCCAAACGAUCCCUCUGCAGAAAGGAUUCCACUGGCUCUGUGUCAGAGAAUCCCUUUGGAAAAGAGGAGGCAGGAUGGACGGAGGCUCUGCCUGACACUCCUGUGGAUGAGACGCCCCCUGGACCAGAGGUCCCAGAGAAAAUAAAGAAACGCUACCGAAAGAAGAAGACAAAACUGGAGGAGGCUUUUCCCGCCUACCUGCAGGAGGCAUUCUUUGGAAAGGACCUACUGGACAAAAGCAAGCAGAGCAGGCAGCAGGGGGUCGAAUCAGGCUUACUGGAAGAAGGGCAAAGCCAUGUGGAGAGGAAGCACCCAACUACCAGCUUCCUGGACCCUUCAUCAGACCCUCUCCUCAGCGCCUCGGCAACAUCCCUCCCCACCAGACCAUCAGCAGCACAGACGUCUGAGGAACCAUUAGUUGAUCUAUCUGAUGUUCUGAACACUGAUGCAGACAUCUUGGGAAUGCUCGGAAAGCCAAGCAGUGACUCUGGUCUUGAUUUUUGCCCCUUCCAGGUUGACAGCUCACCUCCUCCUUUUGCUGGUCUGGACAUCGGGCCCCUGGCAGACAGUUCCCCAGUGGCGCCCCAGUCUCAGGCCGGCCGGAGGACACCUCGAGCCCUCCCAGAGGAACCCCUGGACGGCAUUCUCAGCCCAGAGCUUGACAAGAUGGUCACUGAUGAAUCAAUUCUCAGCAAACUUUACAAAAUUCCAGAGCUAGAGGGCAAAGAUGUGGAGGACCUCUUCACAGCAGUCCUUAGCCCCAGCACGAGCCAACCACCUCCACCACAGGUGCCUCACCCCCAGGGUCCAGGGCCCCUCCCUGCCACACCUGGCACUAGUAUGCCUCACCCCAACGCAGGGAAUCCCAUGUUUCCAAGGAUGCCAAUGAUCAAUGGUAUGAUGGGACCAAACCAACGCUUCCCUACAAAUUCAGGAGCAGGGCCCUGCAUCCCAGAAAAUUUCUCCCCCCUUAACCGUAUGCCUUUCACUGACAAUCCAAGGGAUAGAAAGUUUAAUCAGAUGCCUAGAGAGGCAGUUGGUCCAUGGUCCGCCCAUGGCCCCGGCCCCACACCCCCUGGACCUCUGCCUGAGGGGGAGACUGAAGCCAUGUCAAAUGCCCAAAGGAGUACACUCAAGUGGGAGAAGGAGGAGACACUUGGAGAGCUAGCCACUGUAGCGCCCGUCCUAUAUACCAAUGUCAAUUUCCCCAACCUCAAAGAAGAAUACCCAGACUGGUCUACAAGAGUAAAGCAAAUUGCAAAACUUUGGAGGAAAGCUAGUUCACAAGACAGGGCCCCAUAUGUGCAAAAGGCAAGAGAUAACCGAGCAGCCCUGCGCAUCAACAAAGUCCAGAUGUCGAAUGAGACGGUGAAGAGGCACCACCCACAGCAACAGCCCCCUGAGGUGUUUGAUCCCAACAUACCACUAGACACAGAACUGCUGUUUAAAGACCCUUUGAAACCAAAAGAGUCAGAGCAUGAACAAGAGUGGAAGUUUAGACAGCAAAUGAGGCAGAAAAGCAAACAGCAAGCCAAAAUUGAAGCCACUCAGAAACUGGAGCAAGUCAAGAAUGAGCAACUCCAGCAGCAGCAACAGCAGCAGCAGCAGACCAACAGCCAGACAGAGGGCGAUGGCAACAACAGUGGAAACGGCAGUCCAGCCUCCCAGCCCAGCAAUGGCAGCAUGUCCCCCAUGCAGCAGCUCAAUUCUAAGGAUGGCUUUGCCAGGCCGCAGCUACCAGGGACGCCCACUUCAGGUCCCCCGGAGGACGUGUUCUUGCGACCCCCACCUCCCCCUCCAUCUGGCCCUUCCUCGCAACCUCAGUCCCCCCAGGUAUUUUCACCAGGUUCCUCUGGGUCCAGACCCUCCUCUCCAUGGGACCCAUAUGCCAAGAUGGUUGGGACCCCAAGGCCGCCAAAUACAUGUCGCAGAAUGCCUGUGGAAUCUGGGAAAUCCCCCACGUCCUUGAUGGAGCAGCAGGACAGAGGGAGGCCCUCACCUGCUCAUGAAUCUUUUGGUUCUCCAACAUCUAUGAGCAGUGACCCCUACGCCAAACCUCCUGACACCCCAAGGCCAGCUGGGGAAAUGGACCCUUUCCUGAAGCCCAUGGGUCCUCCCAGGGCCAGUCAGGCUGCUCAGGGAAGGCCCCCAAUGGGCUCUCCGGGCAGAGACCCAUACUCGAGGCCCAUGAUAAGAAAUGAGGCCUAUCAGCGCAUGGCUCAGAACAGGAUGAUCUUGUCUGACCCUUACUCACGGCCUUUACUUACGCCAAUUCCUGGAAGUAAUGAGUCUGGCUCUGUCCCUUUGUUCAAAACACCCAUGCCCCCUCCUCAGGCUCAGGAUCCCUUUAACCGACCAGGUCCACAUCCUGCUGACAGGUUCUCCCAGAAUCAGCAGAAUGACCCCUAUGCUCAGCCUCCACAUACACCAAGACCAUCUGGGAAUGACAACUUUACCAGUCCUCCUAGAAUGGGCCAGCAUCACCCUCAGGUGCACUCGUUUGCUCAGCCAGGACCAAUGACUCAGAUGUCUAGAAAUCCUUAUGCUCAUGCACCUUCCACUCCAAGGCCUGACCACUUCACCUAUGACCCCUUUGCCCAGCCAUCUGGUCCCAACAAGCCACCUGCUGACCCUUUCUCUCAGUCUGCAGGCAACCAACGAUCCAUCAAUGAACCCGGUGCUCAACCUCGCCCAUUCUUUGAGCCCUAUGCCCGACCGCCCGGCACCCCACGUCCACAUGACAACUACGGUCAACCUUCAAACACCCCUAACACAUCCUCAGACCCUUACUCACAGGCUCCUUCUACUCCUCGCCCCAGUGGGAUGAACCAGUUCACUCAUCAGUCACACCCUGGACAGAGGAUGUCACCUUCCCACUCAGUGGACCCUUACGCUCAGCCACCAGGUACUCCUCGGCCCUCUGUGGGAGAGAGGUUUUCCAAGUCACCAGGUAGCCAGAGGGGGCCAAUAGAGCCAUUUACUAGCACACCUGGGACAUCAAGGCCAGGGGGUGGUGACAUGUUUCCCCAGCCUGGGGCCCCCAGACCAAUGCUUAAUGAUCCCUACGCCCAGCCGCCAGGGACCCCACGGCCUGGUCUUGAUGGGCUCAGCAGACAAGGGCCAAGGCAAGGGCCAAUGGGAAGCCAGGAUCUUUUCUCUGUACCACAAGGCAGACUUCAAGAGCCCUUCCCCCAUCCAGGCUCACAAACACCAAAACACCCAAGUGUUUCAGAGGAUGGAUUCACACAGUCACCUGCCAGAAGACCCAGUCAGACACCUGGCCAUGACCCAUAUGAGCAAGCCCCGAUGACCCCUCGUCCACAGUCAGUAGAGAAAAUGGAAAUGAAAGAUCAGUCAUGUGUGGGCAACAAUGGAACUAUCCCUCAAGACCCGGGCCAAGCAUCUAACAACCCACAAAUGCCCGGUGCUUCCUCUGAGGCUCAGGGUGUUGCUCUAGCUGAGAGUGAGGAAAGACUCAGACAGCGACAACGAAUAAGAGAGCUAAUCCUCAAACAGCAGCAACAGAGGAGUGCUAUUCGGCAGGAGAGGGGCCCUCAGGAGCCUGCUGGCAACAUAGCCCCAGGAACACCACGACCCUGGCCUCAGGAGGGGCCUGGGCAGCAGGGGGAAAUGUUCAACCGGCCUCCUCCACCUUAUCCUGGACAAGGACCCAUGAGAGGGCCAAUGAGGUUUCCUGGACCUUUUCCAGGCGAUCAGCGUGUCCCUUUCCCUAAUGAGGGGCAACUCCCCAGGGUCCCGCAUCCUGGAGAUCCUAAUUUGAGACAUCAGGGGCCAAGAUUUGCAUUUCCACCUGGGGUUCUAGGACCUCAUGGGGCCCAAGAGUUCUUUCCCAGAGGGCAACACCCAAUGCAGGAUGUCCCUCCUCAAAUGCGACGGUCUAUGUCUGCCGAAAUGGCAAAGAGCAUGGGAGGCAACCCUAUGGGGCUGCCCCAGCACUUCCCACCACGUGGCAUGCCAGUGCAGCAGCACAAUAUAAUGGGCCAGCCUUUCAUUGAGCUGCGACACAGAGCAGUAGAAAACAGGCCACGUCUGCCGUUUCCCCCUGGUGCCAUGCAAGGAGGCAACAUGGAUCCCAGCUUGCAGGGGCAAAGGCUACCAGGCUUUCCAGGAGCACCUGAAUCCAGGUUCCCUUUAAAUCAGGUGCCCAGGAUGGUAGACCCCAUGUCCAGCCACACUGGCCAUGUACAGCUAUCUGCCAGCAUGGACAAUCUUCAUCAGCAAGCCCAAAUGUCAGGAAACAACACAGUCAAACAAACUCAUUUGAUGAGAUCCAUGAGCCAGCCUGCUUCAAAUGAGACCCAGAACAUGGCAGCAUCUAUGAUCCUGACUGCACCCCCUGCUGGGCAGAGUGAGCCGGUCGCGGUGUCCGGCAGUGAAGCUGUGGAGGAGAAACUGGAUGCAGAAGAAUCAGCAGUCAAAGAUCUUGAGGACGUGGAGGUGAAAGACUUGGUGGAUGCUGACUUGGAAAACCUAAAUUUGGAUCCUGAAGAUGGCAAAGACCUUGAUCUAGAGACAAAUGACCUACACCUCGAUGACUUCCUAACAUCUGGGAAAUUUGACAUCAUUGCCUACACAGAUCCUGACCUAGACGACAUCAAGAAAGACAUGUUUAAUGAGGAACUGGAUCUCAGUGAUCCUAUGGAUGAUAAUGCGGACACCACAGAGAUCAACAAAAACUCAAGCACAGGAACUGAGGCGUUGACCACUUCAGAAUCUGUACUGGAAAAGUCUGAGGCCUCAGGUGAGCAGUCCUCAGCUGAGGUGAAGCCGGAGGCCCCCAUGAGUCAGGACUCUGCUUCUUUGGCACCUGGGCAAGAAAUUAAAACAGAGGUCAAGGAGUGUCAGAAACCCCCUGAUGUGGCAGACCAGCAAGCCACUGGAAACACCUUAACCCCAAACCAGCAGGGAGUUCUCUCUGAAUCCACCCCAGUCCUGUCUAGUUUACUCGUUAAGCAGCAGCCUGAGGAGCAGUCAUUAAAUCCAAUUGUUGAAUCUGUCAGUCAAGGAGGUAACCUCAUGCCCCAGCAGAACCAAGUCACUGACACUCAGCAUACCUCUGGGCUUACAUUACCCGACGCCACCGCCGCUGCAGGAGAAGCUUCUAUGACUGGCUUUGGGGCAGACCAGCAGGUGGGGCUAGCCUCUGGAGUGGACCCGAGCAGUCUGACCCCGGCCCAGCAGGCAGCGUUGAACCAGACUCUGGGUCAGCACGGCCAGCAACACCGCCCUCUUCUGCUAGAGGAGCAGCCACUCCUAUUGCAGGACCUCCUAGACCAGGAGAGGCAGGAGCAACAGCAGCAGAGGCAGAUGCAAGCCAUGAUACGACAGCGCUCCAGCGACUCCUUCUUCCCAAACAUUGAUUUUGAUGCCAUCACUGACCCCAUCAUGAAAGCUAAAAUGGUUGCCCUGAAAGGCAUCAACAAAGUCAUGGUUCAGAACAACAUGGGAAUGAGCCCAAUAGUCAUGAACAGAUUUCCUCCUGGUCCUGCACCACCUUGUCCUGAAAGCACACCACUUCCUCCACAAGUUGUUGGACAGGAUGGCAAAUUGACACAAGUAGCAAGACCAAAUCCUCCAAACUUUGGACCGGGAUUUGUCAACAAUGCUCAGAGGGCUCAGUACGAGGAGUGGCUCCAGGAGACUCAGCAACUACUUCAAAUGCAGCAGAAGUUUCUGGAAGAGAAGAUUGGGGCUCACAGGAAGUCUAAGAAAGCCCUUUCUGCCAAGCAGAGAACAGCUAAGAAGGCAGGGAGAGAGUUCCCUGAGGAGGACGCCGAGCAGCUCAAACAUGUCACAGAGCAGCAGGGUGUAGUGCAGAAACAACUGGAGCAGAUCCGCAAGCAACAGAAGGAGCAUGCUGAGCUUAUAGAGGAGUAUCGAGUGAAACAGCAGCAGAACAAUAUGACACCCAUAAUGCCUGGGAUGCACCCAAUGCCAGGCCCUGCUGGCAUGGUCCCCGCUGGACCACCAAUUGUCCAGCCUCCUAUGAAUCCCAUGAUGCAGAUGCCACUUCAUCCGGGCCAGCCAAAUGCACCUCCGUGUAUACCCAACCCGCCACCUGGCUGGCAUCCUGGUGCUCCUAUGCCCAUGCCGGGACCAGGAAUGCCACCUAUAAUGCCGCCCCAGGUACCUGUGGGAAAUCCAGGCCAACCUCAUCAGAUGCCAAUGGGUAACAUACCUCAACACCCGCAAAUGCCUGUGGAUCCCCAGGCACCACCAGCUCCACCAGGUGGUGUAAAACCUAUGCAGGCAGGUGGUGUGAAGUUUGACGACAACAACCCAUUCAGUGAAGGUUUCCAGGAGCGGGAGAGGAGGGAGAGGCUCAGGGAGCAGCAGGAGAGACAGCGGGUGCAGCUAAUGCAGGAAGUCGAACGACAGAGAGCCCUGAAACACCGUAUGGAAAUGGAGCAGCAAGGGAUGAUGGGGCCGGAUGGGAACAUGGCACCGCUCGCUCAGAUGCCGUUUUUCAACACAGAGCUGCCACAGGACUUCAUGCAGCCUCAGAGGCCUCCAAUGCAACAGCAGCAACAACUUGCACCAAUGUUCCCCCAGCAGCAGGUCAUGCAGCCCGGUAUGGGCUCACCACCUGGGACUUUUAUGCAAGGUGAAAGGAGGGCCAUGAUGGGCAAUGGAAUGAUGCCCCGUGACAUGGGGCCUGGUUUUGGGCCUGAUAAUCUUGCCCUACAAGCACCUAAUUUUCCCCAGGGUCAACCCAGACCUCGUCAGUUCAGUGGCCCAGGAAUGAUGCUCCAGAUGCCAGGUGAGGGUCCACCAUUCGGAGGUGACUCAGCUACACCUCUACCGUCUAACUUUCCAGGCUCAGGUCAGUCUCUAAUCCAACUCUACUCCAACAUCAUCCCAGACGAGAAGGGUAAGAAGAAGAGAAAUCGCAAAAAGAAGAAGGACGAUGAUGCAGAUUCUGUCAAGACACCUUCAACUCCACACUCAGACCUUACAGCCCCUCUCACACCAUGUGUCUCGGACACUUCCUCAACUCCAACCAGAAACACCCAUCUCUUCGGUGACCAGGAUUUGUCACGGUCCCCCUUACUGGGAUCUACCACCCCCAGUCACUCAGAGCUGGAGAGGCAGCUUUCUGGAGGCCAAUCUGGACACCCUGGUCUCCUAGCAGAAGCAGCAAGAGCCCAGGCUCAGGAACAUGACAGGAUCCUUAACAACAUAAAGCUGGAGCAGACUGAUGCCAGUGAGUGUCAUGGGCCACGGGAAGGGUCCAUUGGCUCAGAAAUGAGCUCUGUGAAGGAGGAGGGUAAUAAAGGGAGUGUGUCUCCCUUCCCUGCAGGGCAAAGUCCAAACAAGGGGGAGGCUGGCAAUGAACUACUGAAACACCUUCUGAAGAACAAGAGCACACCUCCACCUGGACUGUCCCAGCAGAGGUCAGUGGAGAGCAUGCGCUCAGAGGAGGAGGAUCCUGCAGACUGCAAAGCCCUGCUGAGACAAAGCUCCAUGGACAGCAACGGGGCGUACUCAGAUGGCACCCCAGACUUUCCAGGACCUGUGCUCCCAGAACAGGAGAAGAAGAAAGGGAGGAACAAGAGGGCUCCGAAAGGAGGGGAGAAGCCUGCCUCUCGCUACAAGAAAAGGAAGAAGGAAGGGGAUGAGAGGCAGCUAAUGCACUCUGGCCCUGACACUGUAAUGACCCAAAUCAAACAGCAGCUCUCCCUGCUGCCUCUCAUGGAGCCCCUGAUUGGGGUCAACUUUGCCCAUUUCGCUCCCUAUGGCAGCGGCCAGCUCAACGGAGAGAACCUCCUGUCUGGUACCUUUGGCAGCGCCUCACUCGAUGGAGUCUCUGACUAUUACUCCCAGCUGGCCUACAAGCAGAGUAACCUGAGCAAUCCACCAACACCACCGGCGUCUCUUCCUCCCACUCCACCACCUGUGAACCGACAGAAAAUGAUCAAUGGGUUUGCGACGACAGAAGAGCUGGCCAGCAAAGCUGCUGCCAUGGUGUCCAAAGGCCUGGUCCCAAAGCCACUACAUGUCCCAUUCAGAACCGAGGAAGACCUACUAGCCCGGGCCAUCGCGCAGGGACCCAAAACUGUGGAUGUUCCGGCCUCCCUCCCCACCCCUCCUCACAACAACCAGGAGGAGCUCAGCAACAGAGGACAGGAGCCUUGCAAGGACAGGGACACACCUGACAGUUUUGUUCCGUCCUCAUCUCCUGAGAGCGUGGUUGGCAUGGAGAUAAGUCGCUACCCAGACCUCUCUCUGGUGAAGGAAGAGCCACCGUCCCCCUGCCUGUCUCCUGUCCUUCCCAUGCUUCCUGCACCAGAUGGGAAAGGGUCAGAAAUAAAAUUGCAGGAUAUCAAAACAGAGCCUUCUGCAAUGUUCUUCGGCUCCCCCUUUGGCUCCAUGUCUAAUGACUCCAAACAAGGACUGGUGUCUGUCGCCAUCACACUGAGACCAGCUGCAGCAGAGAACAUCACAGGUGUAGUGGCAGCCAUUUCAGAUCUACUAUGUGUGAAGAUCCCCAGUAGUUACGAGGUCAGCAGCACCCCAGACAGGGGGCCCCUAUCUGUACUCAGCGGUCAAAGGGUAGGCCCUCAUGGCAUGGAGCCGCGGCCUCCCAUGCUCUUCCACGGACAAGGAGACAGCGGGCUUCACGGUCGACCAGGUCAGAUGAUAAGGCCCAGUGGAGCACAGGCGAUGAUGCAUCCGCAGCAGGCACAUCAUUUCCGUUUCCAUCCCAACAGCCCAGGCGCAGCUCUCGCUCGAGGACACGACCAGAAGACCCCUGCAAGCCCUGGAUGUAAACCUCACUGGUGCUGCCACUGUAAGGUGGUGGUUCUGGGAAAUGGAGUUCAGAAAUCCAUCAAAGAUCUCCCAGCCCACAUGAAGGAAUCUGGAGGCCGUUUGAAAUCUGAAGAGGACCUGGUCUUCUGUAGUCACAGCUGCUUCCUGCUUUAUUGCUCCUCGUCGCCAAUGCAGUCCAGAUCAGCCACAGAAACUAAGGAAUCAGUGUCCCUUCUCCCUGCCUCCGAGCAGACCGAGAGCCUUUCUAAGACUCUGCACCAGUACAAUAACAAUAUGUCAUCGCUGGAUGUCCAUUGCCUGGCCCAGCUUCAGCCCAAACAGUCUCCCCCCUCUACUCCCCCUAUCCCCUUCCCCAUGGCAGGCGAGGCACCCAAGAUGGAGACCAAGUCUGAUGCUAUCAAAGUCACCGUGAAGCUGAAGGCGCGGCCGAGGUCCCAUGACGGCUGGCACCAGGGAAAGAGACAGAAAGGACUCCGCUGGAGGAAGUGGACUGUUCAGGUGGUAGUGCCAAGAGGGAAUUCCCAACUUCCAGACGAGGAUAAGAUCGAUGAGCUCCUGAAGAAACUCGGGGCCUCCCUGCGCCCUCCUGCCUUGCUGCGGGACCACAGGCGGUGCUGUUUCUGUCACCAGUUCGGAGAUGGGAUCACUGACGGCCCUGCUAGGCUUCUUAAUCUAGAUCUUGACGUGUGGGUUCAUCUAAACUGUGCCCUGUGGUCGACUGAGGUGUAUGAGACGCAGGCUGGCGCCCUCAUCAAUGUAGAGCUCGCACUGCGUCGCGGCCAAACAGUACGCUGCGCAUACUGCCAGCAGACUGGAGCCACCAGUGGCUGCCACCGCCUUCGCUGCACCAAUGUCUACCAUUUCACCUGUGCUCUGCAAGCUCAGUGCACCUUCUUCAAGGACAAGACCAUGCUAUGCCAUGCCCACAGGCCCCGGGGAACAGCUGGACAGGCACUGGAGCAUGAGCUGCGCUGCUUUGCCGUCUUCCGACGUGUCUACGUCCAAAGAGAUGAAGUGCGUCAGAUGGCCACCGCUGUGCAGCAGCCCGAGUUAGGCUAUACCUUUCGAGUCGGCAGCCUGGUGCUGCAUGCAAUGGGCCAACUAACCCCUCUGCAAAUGGCAAACUUCCAUUCCACAACGGCCAUCUUUCCGGUUGGCUACGAGGCUUGCCGCAUUUACUGGAGCAUGCGCCAUGGCAACCGCCGUUGCCGUUAUGUCUGCUCUGUUGAGGACAGAGAAAAUCAGCCAGAGUUUACCAUCAGAGUCAUUGAACAGGGCUACCAAGACCUGGUCCUGACUGACAACUCUGCUAAAGGAGUGUGGGAUAAGGUUCUGGGCCCUGUGGCUGAGAAAAGAAGUGAAGUUGGCACUCUGAAGCUCUUCCCUGUUUACCUGAAAGGAGAGGACUUGUUUGGACUCACAGUCCCUGCAGUCACCAAGAUCUCUGAAUCGCUCCCGGGAGUGGAGGCGUGUGUCAGGUACUCAUUCCGUUAUGGACGCAACCCUCUCGUGGAGUUGCCUCUCAUAUUUAAUCCAGCUGGAUGCGCCCGUGCCCAGCCAAGAACCAGCUCUUCCUACACUUCACUGGUGAUAAGGCCACAACAACAGGCUGUCUCCACCAGCAGUGCCAGGUCGAACCAGAAUGUGGCCCAAGGAGAAGGUGGCGCCCCCCAUAGCAAGCCUCCAGUAGUGCACCCCAGGUCUUCUCAGUACCGCUGGAUGAAGAGUGAGUGGAGAGCCAAUGUCUAUCUGGCCCGCUCACGCAUUCAGGGCCUGGGUCUGUUUGCUGCUAGAGACAUUGAAAAACAAACUAUGGUGAUCGAAUACAAUGGAACCAUCCUCCGAAAUGAGGUCGCCAUCAGGAAGGAGAAGAUCUAUAGAUCUCAGAACCGGGAAGUGUUCAUGUUCCGCAUCGACAGCGAACAUGUUGUAGAUGCCACCCGAACUGGAGGGCUAGCAAGAUAUAUCAACCACUCUUGUGCCCCGAACUGUGUCGCUGAGGUGGUCACAUUUGAGAGGGGUUACAAAAUCAUCAUCAGCUGCAAUCGCAGAGUUGAUAAAGGAGAGGAGCUGUGUUUCGACUACCAGUUUGACCCUGUGGAGGGUCGGCACAAGAUCGCUUGCCACUGUGGAGCUCCUGAAUGCAGGAAGUGGAUUAACUAAGGAGAACAAAAAAAACGACAAACCUAAAUGCAUUCCUUGCUAUAGUGUGCGGAUGAUGUGAUCUCUGCACAGACAAAACAAGGCUUCACAUUAAAGUCAUUUUAUGAAUGAGCAGAAGGCCUGAACCCUUGGAGAGGUGAAGUAAUGAUGUGUUGGUUCAUCAGGAUCGCGGAGGAAAAAAAAUGGGUGGAGGAAGGGAAAUGUAACACAGUAGCAGGAUGUGACUCGUGCCAUAUGUGAGAGGCUCUGUUGUUGUGAGACGCCUCUGUCUGUCUGUAUGUGUCUGUGCGUUUGUUUGGUGUACAUGGGGGUGCGGAAUCCACCAGCGAAUGAGAAAGCACUGUGCAGGGUGCGGCCUUAUUGCUUACUAAGGGCAGGCCCUUUUGUUUCAUACUGUUAAUGUAUACCGUAUGACUAAAUGUAGACAUCACUGAAUGAGGAAUGUACAGCAAUGAAUACCGCGAAGGGAAUAUUAACUUGCACUAAAAAAAAAAGAAAAGAAACAAAAAAACACACACACACACAUACACACACACACACACACACGCGAAAACUUUUAAAAUACUUGAUUCCAUGAGUCAGUUUUAUCAUAGGUCUCUGUCAUGUGAUUUGUGUGGAAUUCGAGAGGUUUUGUAUUUAUUACUGAGUGAAUGAAUUUUAUUCUCAAAAUGAUGAGAUUGAGUUAAAGAAGGCUAGAUUGCUAUUGUUUUUGAAGAUUGAGGAAGACAUGCUGUUACUUUUGUAUAAAUGUACAUAAAGAAAACUAUAGGAAUAACCGACCAAAUACUACCUUAACCUUCUUGAUGUUUGGGUGUUUUUAAAAUUGUUUUUGUUCUGUUUGUCAUUGAAAUUUAUUUAAGAUGGACGUUAUUUCAGUUUGAGAGUAUAUAUUAUGAUUAUUCUGUACAGAAUUUGUAAUAUAACCACAAUAAUUCACAAAGUAUUUUUGUUGUAUUAAAAGUAAGGUAUUGUAGCGUAGUGUUUUGUGACUUACACAUGCUUUGACCACUCAAAAAAAAAAAGAAAUAUUUUUGUUGACUAACGUAACGAGUUAUCAGUUACAGAAUUUUAAAAAAGAAAAAAAAAAGACUCUUCAAAUAGUAAGAGAUCAGUGUGAUCUGUUUGCUGUUAAUCAGGUUUGAUUUUAAAGAACUGUGAAUUAGGUUUUGAAACCCAAAAAUGACUUUUUAACUUUUUAACACAAAUAGGAACACCGACAUGUAUUUACCUGUUUUUGUUUUUACAUUGCUUUUAAAAUACGGUGCAAACGUCUAAUGAUAAUGUGAGUUAGACAAAGCCAGUGUGUGACAGAAAGAAUCGUAACGGGGAACUCUUGUUUGGAAGCGUAGGUCGUUCUACCUUUUUUUGGACAGAAAUGGCAUCCUCCUCAAUCAGAAAUAUUUCUUAUACUGACACUUCACAAGUCACAUGCUUAGAAACGGAAGAGUUUUUGCGUGCACAAUUUCAAGUCGACUGUAAAAUUUUGGAGACAGUCUUAGAACUUGUAAUGUAUAUGGCAUGUAUUUUUUUAACUUUCCGAAGACUCAAUUGUAUAUAUUUUCUCAAUGAAUGGUUGUAACAAAAUUGUUUCUUGGAUAUUUUUCUUCUCUUGUAUGAUAUUACAUCAUCCUGCCAGUGUGUUUGUGCUACAUUUUCUUGGUCGUGUAGUCAGAAUUUUUUUUUUUUUUAAUUUCUUUUAUUUUUUCUUUGCUUUUUUUUUUGAAAAUGCCUUUUGAAGUGUACAGAGUAUGAGGUUUGGAGUUUGUGGAAUUGAAUUUAGAAACAUUUACAAAAAUAAACUAUUUUACAUGUUA